AUGGCGGGAGAUCUCUCGAUGAACAUCGACACAGCCGUUGUAGACGAUCUAGGCUUCAGCUCUGUCGAUUUCGAACAGGCUUACGAGACAUGGUCCGAAUGGGUGAAUGGCAUUUCCCUGUCGGGUCCGGGCGGGUUCGACUUCCUACCAGCAAGUGUGGAGAAUUCCAAGUCCUCCAUGGCCUCAAGUCCAGAGGCCUUAGGUGCAAACUCGACUCUACUGGAUAAGAGCAUUAGCCAUACACAAACCUCGGUCCAUCCGGACUCGGCAAAGCAGCAGCCGCUUCAUUCGUCUGCUCGGUCAGCGACUCCUAGUAUCAGCCCGGAGAUUGGCUCAUCUGGAAGCUCGACGCUGUCUCCCGAUUCCCCCAAUAUAUCAUUGCCCUCCUUACCACACCAGCGUACACCAACGGACAGUUGUCUCUGCCGGGCUGGCGUGGUGCUCCUGGUCCCCCGGAUCAGGGAUGCGCUGGCCGAGCAGAAGGCCGAUCGUGUAUUCAAAGUCACAGAAGACAUCAUCAAGGGAUGCCAGAAGAUUAUGCAGUGCCCCGUGUCCCAAGUCAAGUGCACCGACCUGAUCUGUAUCCUGAGCGUUCUUCGGCACACAGAUGGCUGCUUCGAGCUUGUUGCUCGAGCCGAUCUUGAGGAUGGCAGUGGAAUGGCCCUUGGCAAUCAUGAGACUUCUGCUUUCGGUCGAACCGGACCGCGAGACAUCCGUGUCGCCGACUUGGUCAGACAAGCUUGUGCUCUGUUGAACUCAAUUGACGAUUCGCGUGAGAGAAUGUCUGUCAACUUUGAGGCGUAUUGCCGUCCCAAUCUUGCUCGCAUCAACCUGGACUACAUAAGGUCUGUGGUUGAAGACUUUAGAAACAUCUUGAACUCUGUUACCAACGCGGAGGGCUAA